ACAGUGCACAUGCAGUGUGCACAUGCAAUGCUUUGCAUUGGAUAUGCUUUUCUUACAUACAAAUUUGUACUAACACGGUACAAAUUGACUCCUCAAGCAUGUUCGUAUCUUUUUAGAUUUUGAACUCCACAACAAUUAAAAAAGAAAACCUGUAUUUUAAGACAAGAUGUUUUACUGGAAGGUGAACUUGACGACAAUUGUAUACACAACUGACCAUACAUACACUUUGGAAGGUCUUUAAAUGUGGUAAUAAAAAAAGUACAACAAACAACAUAAUACAACCGGCAAGGUCAUUUCAAACUUACUGUAAAUUCAGGUGAGAAACAUUGGAAACAUUGACGUGGAGGUUUGUUAUCAAUACUGCACAAAAAAAAUUCUGUUUCAGUACAAACAGUCUCAAAUGAGAUGUAUUUUAGACCCUGCCCCUAUACCUUUGUCUUCUGCCCUGGUGGGUGGUGUGCAGGUUCAAACAACACCGCGCCACAUAAAAAGGGUGACAUGGCAAUAAAGCUGCAUUCAGAAAAGGGAUAAACAAGAGGAAAGUCAUGAGGGUAGUUUUAGACACUUACUUGCCCCUGCAAAUGUUUUUGUAUUCCUGCUUUUCCGCUGCGGUGUCCUCGCCUCUUUAUUCCUCCUCUUGCAGGUUGCAGGGACAAUUUCCUCUAAAUGGGAUGCACAAAGCUGGAGAUGUGGUUCUAGGUGGGCUGUUUGCAAUGCACUUCUUUUCUGCCUAUCCUGACCUGUCUUUCUCCUCAGAGCCACAGCAGCCCAUCUGUCAUGGUUUUGAUGUUAUAGGAUUCAGACAAGCCCAGACCAUGGCAUUUGCCAUCCAUGAGAUCAACAGAAACUCCAACCUGCUACCUAACGUGACGCUGGGAUACACCCUGUACGAUAACUGCCGCACACUGGGGAUUGGAUUCCGUGCAGCACUGUCCUUGGCCAGUGGUAAAGAGGAUCAAGUCACUUUACACGAGCCCUGUGUAGGAACCCCUCCGGUCCUAGGGAUUGUGGGUGAUUCUUCCUCUACACGUUGCAUUGCAAUCUCCACUGUCUUAGGUUUGUACAGAGUACCUAUGGUGAGUUAUUUUGCCACAUGUUCCUGUCUGAGUGACCGGCAAAGGUUUCCAUCCUUCUUCAGGACGAUCCCGAGUGAUGCUUUCCAGGUGCGUGCUAUGAUUCAGAUUCUUAAACGCUUUGGCUGGACUUGGGCCGGUCUGCUCAUCAGUGAUGAUGAUUAUGGAGUCCACGCUGCCAGAUCCUUCCAUAGUGACCUGGCUCCAUCUGGUGGAGGUUGUCUGGCCUACACAGAGAUUCUGCCCUGGGGCGACAACCCAGAUGAACUAAGGAGAAUAGUGAAUGUGAUGAAGAAAUCCACAGCGCGUGUGGUCAUUGUGUUUGCACAAGAGAGUCACAUGAUUUACCUCAUGAAAGAGGUCGUGAGGCAGAACGUGACAGGCCUGCAGUGGAUGGCCAGUGAAGCCUGGACAGCAGCUGCUGUGCUGCAGACCCCCGACCUCAUGCCGUACCUGGGUGGAACACUGGGCAUUGCCAUCCGUCGAGGAGAAAUAUCAGGGCUCAGGGAUUUCCUGUUACAAAUACGUCCUGACCUACACUAUAACAACAGCUAUGGGAAUGGCAUGGUAAAUCAGUUUUGGGAAUACACGUUUCAAUGUAGAUUUGCACCACCUCCAACAGGUUGGGUGGAAAAUGGAGGAACGUUAUGCACCGGACAGGAAAAGCUGGAGAAUGUGGACACUGAGUUUUUGGACAUUUCAAACCUCAGGCCAGAGUAUAAUGUGUAUAAGGCUGUGUAUGCUCUGGCUUAUGCCCUUCACGACAUGCAGCAGUGUGAGCCAGGGAGAGGACCUUUCAGUGGGCACGGCUGUGGGAAUUUGCAAAGACUGGAGCCAUGGCAGCUUGUGUAUUACUUGGAAAGAAUCAACUUCACCACACCAUUUGGUGAUCAAGUGUCAUUUGAUGAGAACGGUGAUGCCUUACCAAUAUAUGACAUCAUGAACUGGCUGUGGCUCCCUGAUGGAAGAACUGAAGUUCAGAAUGUGGGUGAGGUUAAGAAGUCCGCCUCCAAAGGUGAAGAACUCACACUUGAUGAAGACAAAAUCUUCUGGAACUUUGAAUCCAAACAGCCACCUCGGUCAGUGUGCAGUGAGAGCUGUCCUCCAGGUACACGCAUGGCCAGAAAGAAGGGGGAAGCUGAAUGUUGUUUUGACUGCAUCCCUUGUUCUGAGGGAAAGAUUAGCAAUAAGACUGACUCCAUGGAGUGCACCAGGUGUCCAGAGGACUUCUGGUCCAGCCCCCAGCGUGACCACUGUGUUCCUAAGAGAACAGAGUUCCUCUCCUACCACGAGCCUCUGGGUAUCUGCUUGACAACCACCUCACUGCUGGGAACAUUUAUCUGUGCUACUGUCCUGGUCAUCUUCAUCUGUCAUCGCAGCACACCAGUAGUCCGUGCCAACAAUUCUGAACUCAGUUUCCAGCUGUUGCUGUCACUUAAGUUCUGUUUCCUGUGUUCACUGCUGUUCAUCGGCCGCCCCAGACUGUGGACAUGCCAGUUGAGACAUGUAGCGUUUGGCAUCAGCUUUGUGCUUUGUAUCUCGUGUAUCCUGGUGAAAACCAUGGUGGUUCUGGCAGUGUUCAGGGCCUCCAAGCCAGGAGGUGAAGCCAGUCUGAAGUGGUUUGGUUCUGUGCAGCAGAGAGGGACAGUUCUGGUUCUGACUUCUGUUCAAGCAGCAAUCUGCACCGCCUGGCUCGUCUCUGCUUCACCAGCUCCUCACAAAAACACUCAAUACCACAGUGACAAGAUAGUUUAUGAGUGUGUAGUUGGAUCCACGGUUGCUUUUGCAGUGUUACUUGGCUAUAUUGGUUUACUGGCUGUGCUCAGUUUUUUGUUAGCUUUUUUUGCAAGAAAUCUUCCAGACAGUUUCAAUGAGGCCAAACUCAUAACUUUCAGCAUGCUAAUAUUCUGUGCAGUGUGGGUGGCCUUUGUCCCUGCGUAUAUCAGCUCACCAGGGAAAUUUGCAGAUGUGGUGGAGGUAUUUGCCAUCCUGGCCUCCAGUUUUGGCCUCUUGGUGGCACUGUUUGGACCCAAGUGUUACAUAAUCCUGUUGCGACCAGAGAGGAACACGAAGAAAGCCAUCAUGGGUCGAGGAAUGGAGUCAUAAGAACUGUACUUAAUUUCGUUUCACAUAAUUAAUCGCUUUUAUCUGUAUAAUACAAAAACCAAGGCUUAAAAUAGGUGAACAUUUGUUGAUUCUGCUCAUUGUAAUAGCUAAUAGUAAUGUUAAGUGAUUCAUGAAGAAGGCUUAUUGCAAAAUAAAUGUAUUUGAAAAUGUAAUAUUUCUCCACCUGGAAUAAUGUGUAAGAACGCUUUAACAGACAGAUAUUCCAUUUUACCCAGGAUGGGUAAACCCCUGUAUCAACUUGAAUUUAUUUUCUUUGAAUAAAUUCUUCAUCAUAAUUGUCAACUGCAAUGCAUAAAAAAGGAGACUAUAGAGACUUGAUAUGAUAUGGUUGUUUCAAUUGAGGAGACGUGUUGAACGAUGGGGAGAAAUUAAACAAUUACGGUAAUCUAAUAUAAUUUUCUCAGACAUUUAUAUUUUUUUUAUUAUUUCUUCAAAACUCAAUCGUCAUGGAACAACCCUUGAAAAAAGUUGCAUCAAUAUAAGGAACAAAGACACAACAAUGGACCUUACUUAUAUUUAUGUUUAUUAAUGUUGUUGUUUUUAUGCUGUACAAUGUUUCUCAGAUUAUAAAAAAAUUAAACACUGAAGUAAAAUAGGCCAAUGUUUUCAAAUUUCAUGACUUAAAUGUUUUUAAAUCUAUAACACAGUGUAUUCUGUUGUCUAUGUCAAUAAAUCUGACAUCAUAUGGUCAAA